AUGUUUGUCACGCUCCGCUAUGGAAGUGAUGAAGGCGACGAGAUCCGGUGCGUCGAGAGCACCUCGAAGCCUCCCUACGAAGCAUCGCCCGAUCCUCACUUCGCCUGCAACGCCUGUCGAGCCAAAAAGCUUAAAUGUGACGGAGACAAGACGGGGUGCCAGCGAUGCUCCUCUGCCGGCACUGAAUGUUCCUACAGGGCCGAGAAACCAAGCGUGAAGAAACGCAAACAUCAUCUGUUGUCGAGCUCGUCCAAACCGCCAGCUCUCCCAGCGGCCCAAAGUCCACGCCAAAGCAGACCCCAGCCGUCACCAGAAAAUGAGAGACCGGCUGAAUCCACAGCUUUCUUACAAGAUGCGCCAUCCGCUGGCGAUAUCCCUUCGAGCUCUGUGCGAAGACCGGCUUCUGCGGCCGUUCCCACGACCGUGACCGAACAUGCUGACUUCGGCAGAGAGUUAUUCGACCAAUACUUUACGACUCUAGGACAAGGUGACGAUAUGCUCAGCCAUACUCUGCAACGGCAUCCUGUAGUUGCACUAGCUGAAGACGCUGGCAUGUCACUUUCAACCCACGAACAACCUCUGGAAGACGACUUCACGAUCUCCACCCAGGGAUCGCCUCCCUUUCCAGGGCCCCUUAACCCUAUCUCGCGGACGAUAUCCUCCCCGGGCACAAGUUCUCGCGGGUCCGGGAAGACCAGCCACUGCGCUUCCAUUGACUCGUCCAUCGGACACAAUUCGAGUACUAACAGCUGCCAGUGCACCAGAUCCGCCCUCAAGAUCCUAGAAGUGGUCUCCAGCCACUUCAAACCAGCAGAGGGUCUGUACUCCGUGGAGCAAGCGCUCUACACCCUAAAGCGAAACAUUGGCCAAUGCCAGUCCAUCGUCCAGUGCUCAGCUUCCGGGGGAGAUCCUGGGCUUAAACUGCUGGUCAUAGUCCUAUGUGAGAAAAUGAUAGCGAUUUUCGAGGGGAUCUCUGCAGGCUGGGACCGCCAAUUACAAGCGGUCGCGCGGAUGAAGCAGACACGGCCCGGGGGAGCUGCGGCUGCUGCCAGUGCGGUAAAUUCUGCUGCAACUCAAGAAGACACCUGGGUCUCUCAGUAUAGAAGAGUCACGAUAGGCGGGUAUCAAAUCGAUACGAUAGAGGAGCGCCACACGGUUUUCGGGAUGCUGAUUCAGUUGCAGUUAAAGAGGCUGAGUGAUACAAUUGCAAAGUUGAGUAAGAAUGCCAUGACUGAGAAUUUGGAGUCGCAUCUGGCUAUCUUGAUGCCUAUGAACCAGAAGGUCAAGAAUCUGAAGGCGGCGCUGGACAGGACUACCCUAUCACACUCAUAA